GCGGGCAUUUCCUGCGAAUGGCAAGAAAAGCCUAUCAAGGCGCAUUUUUGUUAUCUCGCUUGUUUUAGUAGUUUCAAGUAACUGAUCAGAUUUCGGUAUGGUUAUAUUCACCAUUAAUUUCCAUAAUGCAGAAUCUUUUUCAGUUUAAUUUACAUCUACCAUGAGUCAUUUAGCCACUGUUACAAGUCAUGGAUUGACAUCUCUCAGGUCUCGGACUGAAAAUCAUAUAAAUCAGGUUCUUUCAAACCGCUCGGAAGUCAGGCAUGUGGAUGCGAAAGAAGCGGCUGACGAUGAAGAUCUUUUGGCACAGAUUGGAUACAGACAAGAAUUAAGCAGACGGUUUAGUACCUUUCAGGUGUUUGGAAUUGCCUUUUCCAUUAUGGGAUUACUUCCCUCGAUCGUGUCCAUCUUGACCUCGGGACUUGAAGGUGGCCCAGCAUCAUUAGUUUGGGGCUGGCUUGUAUCCGGAUUCCUUAUUCUUUGCAUAGGGUUGUCGAUGUCGGUAAUGUCGCUGGCGAUUCCCACAUCGGGAGGAUUGUUCUACUGGACCAACUACUACUGUCCGGAUUCAUUUCGAGUGCCAUUGAGUUUUGUAAUUGGAUGUUCCAAUUCGUUGGCUUUGUGUGCUGGGUUCUGCUCAAUUAACUACGGGUUUGCUUUUGAGGUGUUGGCCGCUGUUUACAUCAACAAGGACGGGGACUUCACCAUAACGAACGGAAAGUUGUACGGAGUUUUUGCCGGGUGUGUGAUUUCCCACGUUAUUUUAUGUUGCUUGACCACCACCCAUACCGCCAAAUUACAGUCUUUUUCCAUCUACACCAACUGUUUUCUUAUUGUUUUGUUCUUCAUCGCCGUGCCCAUUGGUGCUUCCAAAAAUAUUGGAUUCAAUGACGCUGGCUUCAUCUUUGGCAAAAUCGAAAAUCACAGAACUUGGAAUACUGGUUGGUCGUUUAUGUUGAGUUGGAUGCCGGCAGUGUGGACAAUUGGAGCUUUUGACUCGUGUUUGCACAUGAGUGAAGAAGCUUCUAAUGCCACUAGAUCCAUCCCUGUUGGAAUCAACGGUUCGAUCACGGUGUGCUGGUUGGUUGGCUUUUGCAUCUGUUGUGUUUUUGCAGCCUGUAUUAAAGAUGGUGAUACUGCCAGAGUCUUAAGUACUCCAACCGGCUCUGUUGGUGCUCAGAUCAUCCUCGAUGCAUUGGGAAAGGAAUGGGCGGUUGCGUUCAUGUCCUUGAUAGCGUUUGCUCAGUAUCUUAUGGGAGCUUCUACGUUAAUUGCAGCCUCAAGACAGAUUUGGGCUUUUGCUAGGGACGAUGGUUUACCAUUUGUACACAAGCUUGUCAAGAAAGUUGACCCUAAGAUCAAGGUUCCUGUGAAUGCCACUAUAUUUGGAGGAUGUUUAUCGUUGAUUUUGGGCUUGCUAAUUUUAAUCAACUCGACUGCCGCAAACGCGUUGUUCUCCUUAUACAUUGCAGGUAACUAUUUGGCUUGGGGAACUCCAAUCCUCUUGGUGUUAUUGCCAUUUGGAGCCGCUAAGUUUGAACCCGGUCCAUUUUAUUUUGGUAAGGUUAUCACCACUCUGAUCCACGUUAUUACUGUUGUAUGGAUUGCAUUUAUCAUUGUUUUGAGUAUGUUCCCAGACAAUAAGGAGGUGGAUAAAGAAACCAUGAACUACACUAUUGCCAUCAAUGGUGGAGUAUGGUCGCUUACCACCGUGUACUAUUUUGUUUAUGGGUACAAAUACUACACGGGACCCAAGUCUAACUUGGAGGUGGUAGAUGCUGCUUCAGGGUCUGAUACUGAUGUACAAAAUAUUGAUGAAAUGAUAGGAGAGAAAGCUUAAAUUUAUAGAGAAACAUCAGCAGUAGGUUAUAUAUGCAGUGAAUACUUUUGUAUAUUUGAAAACCCCCAGGGUUAUCAGCUAGUACUUUGUGAUAUUUAAUACACAUGGCGAUGUAGAGCCCAGGUUACCCGUUGCUUCGUCAAACACCCUUUGUUGAUCUCUACCAUUCACACAAAACACCGCUCUCGCACCAUCUCUAUCUGCGCUAUCAAUUAAGUUAGC